AUGGGCCCCACCAUCACACUGGACAACUGGAGGAAGGGGUCCCAAUGGUUCCAAAUGGAAAGAAGUCUCGCCUUAGAGGUGGUUUCAGACAAGACGUAUUUCCCGAUUUUUCAGUACUACUGCAGCGGUUUGUGCUAUGCGGACGAGCACUACCUGCCGACUUUUGUGAACAUGAAAUUCGGAGAGAGGAACGCGAAUCGGACGUUGACUUGGGUCGACUGGUCGAGGGGCGGGCCCCACCCCUCCAAGUUCAUUAGGCCGGAUGUGACCAAUGAGUUUUUGGAGAGGCUAAGGAGUGGGAGUAGCUGCGAGUACAAUGGGAGAAAGACGAAUGUUUGCUUUUUGUUUGCGAGAAAAUUUACUCUCAAUGCUUUAGAUAGGCUGUUGAGGUUUGCGCCAGGGCUUAUGCAUUUCUAA